AAGCAGUUGGCUCUGAAGGUGUCAAGCAGAAUGGAAAAAAGGCUGCAGCCAGUCAGAGCCACAGCCACGACAGCACCGACAGAAGUGCUCCCAGGCAAAACAAACUCAAGCCUGAAGUGAGAACUGAACAGGUCCGACCCUCCCACGUCAUGGCUUCAAACAAGGUCUUGAUCUUACCAGAACCAAAGCUUGGACUGAGAGAUACUAUUGUUAAAUCUCAGCUGGUGCAGAUGGAGGAUUCCUACACACACAUCCAGAACUUCAGGGUUUUUGUCGGGACGUACAACGUGAACGGUCAGUCACCCACAGAGAGCCUCCAGCCCUGGCUGAGGUGUGAUGCAGAGCCUCCAGACAUUUACUGCGUGGGUUUCCAGGAGCUUGAUCUGACUAAAGAAGCCUUCUUUUUCAAUGACACACCGAAGGAAGAAGAAUGGUUUAAAGCUGUAACUGAUAGUCUUCACCCAGAUGCCAAAUAUGCAAAGGUGAAACUCGUGAGGCUGGUGGGAAUCAUGCUGCUGCUGUACGUGAAAGCAGACCUUGCUCUAAACAUCUCCGAGGUGGAAGUUGAGACUGUAGGAACUGGAAUCAUGGGGAGGAUGGGUAACAAAGGUGGUGUUGCCAUCAGGUUUAAGUUCCAUAACACCAGCGUGUGCAUUGUGAAUUCUCACCUCGCCGCUCACACGGAGGAGUACGAGCGCAGGAACCAGGACUUCAAAGACAUCUGCUCACGGAUGCAGUUCUCCCAUUCGGACCCAAACUUGCCCCCUCUGACCAUUGGCAAACACGAUGUGAUACUAUGGCUGGGGGACCUCAACUACCGUCUGGAGGACCUGGACGUGGCGAAAGUGAAGCAGCUUGUAGAGGAGAAAGCGUUUGUAGAGCUCUGCCACUAUGACCAGCUGAAGAGGCAAAUGAAGGCCAAUGCAGCCUUCGAAGGCUUCACAGAGGGAGAGAUCUCCUUCCAGCCUACGUACAAGUAUGAUGCUGGCUGUGAUGACUGGGACACAAGUGAGAAGUGUCGUGUUCCAGCGUGGUGUGACCGGAUACUCUGGAAAGGGCAGAACAUUGCCCAGCUGAGCUAUCGCAGCCACAUGGCUCUGAAGCUCAGUGACCACAAGCCUGUGAGCUCCGUGUUUGACAUUGGGGUGAAGGUUGUGAAUGAGGAGCUCUACCGAAAAGCCUUUGAGGAGAUCGUCCGCUCCCUGGACAAGCUGGAGAACGCCAACAUUCCCUCGGUGACGCUGUCCCGCAGAGAGAUCCAUUUUGAGGAUGUCAAAUACAUGCAGCUGCAGGUAGAGAGCUUUACAAUCCACAAUGGCCAAGUGCCCUGCCAGUUCGAGUUUAUCAGCAAACCAGACGAGAAAACCUACUGCAAGCAGUGGCUGACUGCCAAUCCCAGCAAGGGCUUCCUGCUCUCAGAUUCUGAGAUCACAAUUGAGCUGGAAGUGUUUGUUAAUAAAUCAACAGCUACUUGCUUGAACUCUGGAGAGGAAAAGCUUGAAGAUAUCUUGGUCUUGCAUCUUAGUGGGGGGAAGGAUUAUUUUCUGUCUGUAACGGGCAACUAUUUGCCAAGCUGCUUUGGGUCACCUAUCCACACACUGUGCUACAUGAGGGAACCGAUCCAGGACAUGUCGGCAGAGUCCAUUCGGACCCUUACCCUGAUGCCACUAGACAAGAGUGGUGAUCCUGCUCAAGCUGAAAAGCCCAUGGACAUCCCAAAGGAGCUGUGGAUGAUGGUGGAUCACCUGUAUCGCCAUGCUUCCCAGCAGGAGGACCUGUUCCAGCAGCCAGGCCUCAGAUCCGAAUUUGAGCAGAUCCGAGACUGCCUGGACAAGGGAGUGGAUGAUACCUUCCUGGGCAGCAACCACUCGGUGGCAGAAGCUCUGCUGCUGUUCCUGGAGAGCCUGCCAGAGCCAGUCAUCUGCUCCAGGUUCUACCGCUGCUGCCUGGAGAGUGCCAGCGACUACCGGCUGAGCAGCCAGAUCAUCUCUGACCUGCCAGGGUGCCACAAAAACGUGUUUGAGUACCUGAUGGCAUUUCUGCGAGAGCUGCUGAAGAACUCGGCAAAGAACCACUUGGAUGUGAACAUCCUUGCAAGUAUAUUUGGUGGCUUGUUACUGCGACCUCCUCCUGGACACCCCAGCCCUGACAUCGCUGAGAAGAGGAAAGCUCAGCAAUUUAUCUGCCAGUUCCUUGUCAGAGAAGACAAGUUACCGUGA